AUGAGAGCCCGCCCGGCCGGCUCCUCUCCGGGCUGGGCGGGGGCGGAGGAGCAGCCGGGCUGCAGGGAGGGGGCGGGGCCGCCGCGCACCUGUCUCUCCCUCUAUUCCUCCCCCCCCACCGGGCAGCCCCCUCUGCCCAGCCGUGGCUCCCCCGGAGCGCCUGGUGUGUGGCGCAGCGAGGCUCGUCGGGUGCCCCCCGCUUCCAGCGGGACCUGCCUGGCGCCGGAGGCGGCUCCUGCCACUGCACAGCCCUCCCCUCCCCUCCCGCGUCCCCGCCCCCUCCGCCGGUGUCCCGCCAGAAGGGCCUGCCGGUUGCCGAGCCCGCCGGACACAGCCAGGGGGCACCGCCGCGACCGGCAGGACAGAGCCCCGCCGUCCGCCGCCGCGGCAAAGACGGGCCGCAAUCCACGCGCUCUCGGGUGGAGGGGGGAGCUGCCUCCUGCACCGCCUCUGCGACCCCCCCCCCCGUUUUCCAGGUAUCUCCGGCAAGGCACGCCGCUGCCCCGCACAGACGGCCCGAAGGGAAGCUCUCGGCCCGGGGUGUGCGGGGGGAGGGGGGGCUCCGGAGCGGCUGCCCCGGCCGGCCGGCCAACUCUUCUCCCCGGCCGGGUCCGCUUCCUUAAGCGCUCGCCCUCGGCGCUGGCCUUGAGCUGGGCUCCUCCGGCCAGUGGGGGCCCGGGCCGAGCCGGCUACAGUAAACCCCCGCCCGGGCGCCAGGCGCGCUGCAAGCCGGCCGGUCGGGCUGCCGGGGCUCGAUGGCGCUUUACCUUGGGCGGCGGAGGGGCGACGGCGUCUCUCGGCGGGGCCUGGCUCGACUCGCGGCCAGCCGGCAGUGGGGGGGGGGGGGGAGAGGAGGCGGCGGUCGGGCUACCCCCGCCCGCCCACAGCUCGCCACGCUCCUUUGCCCCGGUGCCGCCAGCAGAGCCGCGCCCGCCCCCCCGCGCCGGGAGGGCCACGUGCUGCAGCCGCCGAGGACAAUGCCAGGUGCGCAGCACCACCUUCCCCGCCGCCGCUCUCAGCCUAGAGCCCCCGCCGGGACUAGAGGCGGGUGCUGAGCACCAGACCCCCCCCCCCCCAGGCUCAGCAAAGCCCCCUUUGCCGCCCGGACUGCAGAGCUUUUCCCUGGGAGGGGGCCUUGGGAGUUGCCCCAGUGGUGAGGAAUGGAGGGGGCUCUGCUCCCAGGGUGGGGGGAGGCGGUCCUGCCCAGGUCCAGCGGCAGGAGACCAGCCUGGACCCACAGGGCCCCCCCUUUGCCAGUCUCCAGGGCCCUGGCGGGGUGAGGGGCAGGCUCUUAGGGGGAACUGA